AUCUGUUUCUGAUAAUAUGUGUGGAUAAGAAUCACCAAUAGAUUGCCACAACACAAACCCAUAACCCACUAAACGACACCAACUUCGAUUUCUUCUGAUUCUGGAGCUGCAUGUACAACUAUCAGACCAACCAUGCAGAGGCAAACCACUUCUGGAGAGGCUCAAUCCAGAAAGAGAGAAAUUCUUUGGGCAUCUGUGUAUUGUGUGGUAGCUUUUAAUUUGAAUCUAAUGUUAGGGCAAGAAGGUGGUUUACCAAGAGAGUGGUAAGCAAGAAAAGAUAUUAGGAGAAUUUGGGUCAUAGAGGGUUCAUAUUCCAAUCAUGGGCAAGCAUCAAGAUGGAGCAAGCACAAACAGAAAGCUGGUUAAGGCAUCAGCAGUUUUGGAAUCACAUUUGCCAAAGGAGGACCAGUUUCAGUUAAUUUCAUCCUCUGUAGAUUCACUAGUUCAAUCUGGCUGCCCUGUCUGCUUGGGCAAUAACAGUUGCCGAAUAGUUCGUUCAAGAACAAAGCUGAUGAACAUUUUGAUUGAGAGAAGAAAGCCUCAUGAAGCCCAUUUAAUUUUCAACAGUUUAAUGGAAGACGGGCAUAGGCCAACUCUUAUAACUUACACAGCUCUUGUAGCCGCCUUGACUCAGCAGAAACAUUUUAAGUCCAUUCUUUUACUCAUCUCUCAAGUGGAAGAAAAUGGCAUGAAGCCUGAUUCCAUACUCUUCAAUGCCAUGAUUAAUGCCUUUUCUGAAUCCGGAAACGUUAAAGAAGCCAUGAAAAUCUUUCAGAAAAUGAGGGACAGUGGAUGUAAGCCCACAACUAGCACAUUUAAUACCCUCAUUAAGGGCUAUGGGAAUGCUGGUAAGCCUGAAGAAGCUUUGAGAUUGCUAGAUUUAAUGUCAAUGGAUGGAAGUGUGAAACCAAAUGUUAGAACAUACAAUAUUCUAGUUAUAGCUUGGUGCAACAAGAAAAACAUAAAGGAAGCAUGGAAUGUGGUGUACAAGAUGUUGGCAUCUGGAUUGAAACCUGACGUUGUCACAUACAAUAUUCUAGCGAGGGCAUAUGCUCAGAAAGGGGAGACAAGUAAGGCUGAAGAAAUACUCUUGGAAAUGGAGAACAAGAGAGUAGCACCCAAUGAACGUACUUGUGGUAUCAUUGUUAAUGGCUAUUGCAAAGAAGGUAAUAUAAUGGAGGCUUUGAGAUUUGUUUACAGAAUGAAGGAGCUCGGAGUGCAUCCUAAUCUUGUUGUUUUCAAUUCUCUUAUCAAAGGAUUUCUUGACAUCACAGAUAGUGACGGAGUUGAUGAGGCAUUAACUUUGAUGGAAGAAUAUGGGGUCAAGCCAGAUGUUAUAACAUUUAGCACAAUCAUGAAUGCUUGGAGCUCAGCAGGGCUCAUGGACAAAUGCCAAGACAUCUUCAAUGACAUGGUAAAGGCUGGAAUAGAACCUGACAUCCAUGCAUUUAGCAUUCUUGCCAAAGGAUAUGUGCGUGCUGGAGAACCUGAGAAGGCAGAGUUGGUCUUGACUUCCAUGGACAAAUCUGAUGUGCUUCCAAAUGUUGUCAUAUGCACCACCAUUAUCAGUGGAUGGUGCAGUGCUGGAAAAAUGGAGAAUGCAAUUAAGGUUUAUGAGAAAAUGUGUGAAAUUGGGAUUUCGCCCAAUUUGAAAACUUUUGAGACCCUGAUAUGGGGUUAUGCAGAAGCAAGGCAGCCAUGGAAAGCAGAAGAGUUGCUGCAAGUUAUGGAAGAGAAGGGCAUCUUUCCUGAGAAGAGCACCAUCCAGCUUGUUGCAGAUGCAUGGCACGCCAUUGGUCUAGUAAGUGAAGCCAAGAGAAUUAUAAAAAAUGAACAAGAAGAUCAGGAAGUUACUGUGAACAGUAAAAAGGGCGAGAUCCCAGUGGAGAGCUUGGAGAGGAUUUAUAAAGAUGAAAAUCUUAGUGCUUCUAAGAUCUUGCAGAUUCCUGGAGAGAUUAUAACCGAAAAGAAUGGCUCACCAGCAGUUAAAAUUAGAAGCCAAAUGAUCCUCAGGAACUCCAGGUCUUCAUUUGAAAAUUUUUGGACCAGCACUAACUCCAUGUGCCUGAACCAUAUGCGUGUGUAUGGGAUGCAACCGCCAAUUCUAUGCAGAAAGCAGCAAAAUUUUUGUGUAGGAAUGGGUGCGAAGUUUGUAAAUUCAUGUAGAAUCAUACCCAUAAAUUGACAAGGAAAUGUUGGUUGCUGCUGUGAUCACACAUGGGACAAUAUUCAGAAGUGCCUUGGCAUGAAAACGAAUUCAUCAAGUGAUCAAAGAUUAUUUAGUACCAAGUUGUAGAUGCUGUAAUUGUUAUAUUCCUACACAUACCUCCAAUUCAAUUGGCGUCAUUGUUAUAGGCCAUUACAUUAUUAGUAUAAUGUUGAUCGUUCAGUACACAUAUAACUAAUGUCGAUUCAUCUAUAAAAGUAAUGAAAUUGACUUUGUUUAUAUCUGAA